UCCGUCUGGUGGUGCGUUUGCGCCUCCUGUCUUGAAAGAGAGGUGAAGAAUAGUUUACUUUUCCAGAGUUCAAGGUUUGGUUUCGGUGUUCGCCUGGAGUAAAGGGUUUUGCCGAGGCGUUAAGCCCCUCUUCACAGAGCCAAGAUGCUGAACAUGUGGAAGGUUAGGGAGCUGGUUGACAAAGCAACCAAUGUGGUGAUGAACUACUCGGAGGUGGAGUCUAAAGUCAGAGAGGCCACCAAUGACGACCCCUGGGGACCAUCAGGACAGCUGAUGACUGAAAUUUCAAGAGCCACCUUUAUGUAUGAGCAGUUCCCAGAGGUGAUGAACAUGCUGUGGGCCCGCAUGCUACGGGACAAUAAGAAGAACUGGAGGAGAGUUUAUAAGUCGCUGCUACUGCUGGCUCAUCUAAUCAGGAACGGAUCAGAGAGGGUUGUAACCAGCGCCAGAGAACAUCUGUAUGACCUGAGAUCAUUAGAAAGCUACCACUUUGUAGACGAGAAUGGCAAGGACCAAGGUGUGAAUGUGCGUCAGAAGGUGAAGGAGCUUGUGGAUUUUGUCCAGGAUGACGAAAGGCUCAGGGAAGAACGGAAAAAGGCAAAGAAGAACAGGGACAAAUACAUUGGCGUAUCCUCUGACAGUAUGGGAUACAGAGGAUAUUCGGGGGACAGGUACGACUCCAGUGGGGAAAACCGGGGAAGGUGGGACGACGACUGGGACAAGAAACAAGGGAAUUUCCCCUUCAGUGAAAAGCUGGGGGAGAUCAGUGAUAAAAUUGGCAGCACCAUUGAUGAUACCAUAAGCAGAUUUAGGAAAAAGGACCGAGAUGAUUCACCAGACCGUUUCAGUGACAACGAGGAGGAUCGGGGUCGAUCUUCUCGCAAUGGCCAGCAGCCAAAAUCGUUCAAAGACGAAGAGGAGACUGUUACUACGAAGAGUGUACAAAUUGUCCAAGCGACGGAGACAACGGCAACACGGGUGAAGAGAGGAGGGGAGCCAUCCAAGAAAGUUGACCUGGGUGCUGCAGCUCACUACACAGGAGACAGCAGUCCAGCUAAUACCGCCAAACAGUCCCAGUCAGCAGCAGCACCUCAGCCCUCCAGCACUGGCCUAGCUGACUUACUAAUGGUGGACACAACACCCAGUCAGCCCGCUGGCUCAGACCUGAUCGGCGGAUUUGCUGACUUCUCCUCGUCUGCUGCCUCUGCUGGACUCUCUGCUGGAUCUGCAGCACCGGCCUCUAGCACCAAUGGAGAGUUUGGAGAAUGGAACGCCUUUCCCGGAGGUCAGAUGCCAGCAUCUGCUCAGGCCGCCGACAUCAGUGGGAAUGACCUUUUUGGAGCCAUGACAGCGCCUCCCGCUCCAGCCCCCGCCCCCGCCCCCGCCCCGGUCUCCGCUCCAGGCUCUGGUCCCGCCUCAGCAGACCUGUUCGACUUGAUGGGGCCAACUCAGUCUCUCACCUCCUCUCAGAGCCUCAACUUUAGCAUGAGCAGCACGCAGAGCAUGAGCAGCACAGUCCUGCCCCAGUCUAACUCACAGAACAUGGGCGGUUCUCUGCAGCCUAUGCAGCCCCUCCAGCCUUUUCAGCAGGGAGGGGCCCCUCAAGGUGUAGGAGCCAAAGCAGCCCUCCCACCCACCUGGUCAGAUCCUUCGGUUAACAUCAGCCUCGACUUCCUGUCCCCUGGCAUGCAGCCCCCCAAGCCCAGCCAACCCACUCUCAACACCCUCCAACAAGGCAACCAGGCACCUCCCAACAUGCUUUCCCAGGGAUUUUCCAAUAUGAGUCUCGGACCUACAGCAGUCCGACCACAGGUUAAUCCCAUGAUGCACCCUGGUGCUGGCAUGGGAAUGGGGAUGGGCAUGGCCCCGGGCAUGGCCCCGGCCCAGGGCAUGGGCAUGGGCAUGGCCCCCCACCAGGGCAUGAUGGGGAUGGGCAUGAACAUGGGGAUGCCACAGGGAGGUAUGACCAUGGGGAUGCCUGGUGCUAUGGGGAUGCAGAUGGGAAUGGGCAUGGGGAUGAACCCUGCAAUGGUCCAACAACAGCCCAAACACGAUGCCUUUGCUGACUUCGGUAACUUUGGAAAGUGAUGAAGCCGGAGAGCAAAGAUUUAUCAGGAGGAGUGGUGGCAGUCUCUCCGUCCACUGGUGAAGGAUUGUUAUGAGCUGCAAACAAAGAGUACUUGAAUAAUGUCAACUAUCAUAAUACCAACACCCUGCAAUCUUCCUGUUUUUUAAAAAGUAAUGUAGUGAUGGGGAUCUAAAUGAAUGUGUGUACGUGUUUGUUUUGUGUGAACCAAUGAUCGGUCUGGUCUGGGCUCAGGGUCAGACAGACACACUGAUGACAGUGUGCAGUGUUGGUUAGUUGCGAGUCACGGAGAGGAAGGAGGAGAGUGCCACUGAGAGAAUGUGGAGGGAUUCGCUUUAUAACCUCAAUCAAGUGGAAUCACCAGAAUAGCAAAAACCUAUAUAUAGUAGCUGUAUACAUUCUUCUUUUUUUUUUUUUUUGAGAUGCGUUCUUAAUAACUUUUCUGAAUGAUGAGUUUGAAUGACACGAUCAGCCAUUUUAACUUUCUAACGUACAUUGAAGAAUGUCAAGUUACCUCUUUGUUUGUUUUUUUUUUUGUUUUCUUUGUUCCUCGCUCUUCCUUUCGCCUGUAAAUAGAAAUCUGGAGCCCUGAAAAUAAGUUAUGAAGUUCAUGUGAGUGGCAGUGUGAGGAGAUGUAUUAUGCAGACCAAAUCUGAUACAAAUUAAGGCCUUUAUCUAAGCACACCUUCUCUUUGUACAUAAUUGUCCACGCUCCAGAUGUGGCUGUGAGCGGCUACAGCUGGAGUAUUUAAUAAUUGUUUGCAGUGAAACCUAAUGAUUCAUUCUGAAGAAUCUCUCCUUCAACAGUCCAUCAUUUGUGGCCUUUCUUAUCGGUAUAUAUCUAUAUAUUUUACUUAUGAAGAAUAUUGUAAUCUGUUUGCCUCCAAAUGAGAUAAUCAGUAGCUAGAAUAUGAAGCCUCAAACAGGGCUCGUGGGUUAUUCAUUACAGCACAUAGUGCCUGAACGACCUUUGCCUUUUCUCGUCAGUUAACCCUUUUGAAGGAGUCAGCGUGGCCGAGCAGCGUUGAACGUAGCUGCCAGGAGGAAGCGUCUGUACUGUGUACAAACAUAACGCAUGUUUGCACUCGUGCCUCAAGCCAAGUGUGCUCUCUGCGCAGGUGUCAGAUGCAAUUUUAUAAUUGUUUCAUUCUACUUUCUUCGUCCCAUUCUCCUUUUCUUCUUUUUUUUUUUUUUUUUUUUCCUAAUCUGUUCAGGCUAGUGGUUAAUUCAGACCUAUCAAUUCAGCACCUUGUGUCGAUUCAGACUGUUAAUGAUUGUUCAAUGCAUUUGUCUUGUUAAAUGCUGCCUUCCAGUUUCAUCUUCCAUCUUCAGCAAAGUUGAACAUUAAAACAGAGAUCUUGAAAACAUUGUCACCGUCAUACCUGUCAUCAGUCCACGUCUGUUUUUGUAACUCAUCGGGUACAUCGUGGUUUGUGUUGUGUUGUGACGCGUCGCCAGCCGCGCCGCGAGUUAGACGUACGCGAACGCUUCUCUUCGGAGGUUCAAGUGCCUGCCGACUGUUGCCUCCUGACCCUUGUUAUAAGUGAUUGAUAAUCAUAAUUGAAUCUUGGCUGCCUGACAUUCUUGGUAUGUCGUCGUUGACAUAAAUAAUUCACUGAGCGGAGGAGAAGGCAGUGGAUUCUACAGCCACGGGAGGAUUGCGCUUUCUGCUCUCCCAGGGGCUCAAGAGGCUGAGCACACUAACACAUAGUAGCCUUGCGUCAGUGUCUGAAGCGUUAAAAUGACCAAAAUCUGUUUGCCUUUUUUUUUUCUAAUAUAUAUAUAAAUAUAGAUCAGUAGAGGCUGUUUUAUGCAUUAUGUUUUAUACUUCAAAUCAUUUUGGUUCUCUCUAAAACGGGACUGUUAAAAUUGUUACUGAAACACUAUUAUAUGCAAAUGUAAAAAAAAAAAAAAAAAGAAAAAAAAAAGAAAAUCCUUUGGAGCAAAUGAAUUUUUGCAUUAUUCCCGUUUUGAUUUGAUUUACACGUCCGGAUUCUUUACAACAUUAAACAGCUGAUUGAAAUUUGUUAA